AUGGGUUUGGAUCGAGAAGGUUACCUUCGCAAUUUGCGUGAGCUCGAGGCCGGCCGCGAAGUCUUCGUGCGGCCUUUGGAGCUGGAAGCAACGGCAGACGAUGUGCGCGAUAUAGUCGUUCAGCGUUGUGGCGAGGAUUCUGUGGGAAUUGAUCGGGUGAAGCUGGUCAAGCAUGCUGGCGGCGCCUUGUUGUCGGCGUUCGUGACUCUGAGCAGUGUGCAAGAGGCCAGGCUGGUUACUCAGCGACUCGACGGUGCCAAGAUUCGUGGCAAGGUCCUCGCGGUGAGCGUGGCGCGGAACCAGGGGCAGAGUCGCGUCAAGGAGAUCUGCAUGUUCUUUCUGGAGGGCAAGUGCCAGAGAGGGCAGAAUUGUCAAUAUCUGCACGACGCGACGGGUCGAGGCAGUGGACGGCGCUUACCUGCCUGCCGCUUCUUCGCUGCAGGAAGCUGCUCGCGUGGUGAGAACUGCAAAUUCUCGCACGAGAGGCAGGAUGAUGUCGAGGAGGCCGGCACGGUGCAGGAUGAUGUCGAGGAGGCCGCGGAGGUGCAGACAGAGAGGCUGACAAGCAAGCACAAACGCUUGAAGCACCCGCCUGAUCCCACGCAGACAGCCAAAAAGAAGAAGACGAAGGAGGAGGCCACCAUUUCGGCCAAGAUGGCCUCCACCUGCCGACCAGGCCGGGAAGGGCCACAGAAGACCAAGACCAAGGCGAAGGCGGAAGAGGAGCCGGAAGAGGACGAAGGCGACGGCUCUCCGAAAGCGGCGCUGAAGCGCAAGCAGCCCAAGCGCCGAGAGCACAGAGCCGCGGCGACUCAGUCGGAAGCCCCGGCAGCCCCGGGCUCGGGCCCCCAAGACCCCCAAGGAACGGCAAAGAAGAAGCGGAGGAAGCUCCGACGCAAGACCGCCCAGGAUGUUCCUGCCGUUCCGACCGCUGCUCCGGCAGCCAAGGGUCAGAAGACCGAAAAGAAACGGACCAAACGACCACAGGCUGCAGCAUAG